CCUCGAGCGCCGCCGUCCCGUCCCGCCUGACCGAGUUCCGGGCCCCGCCCGUUCCCGCCACUUGGGGCGCGGCCCGGGGCAGCAGCUGGUUUUCCAGUAUGGUGCUCAAGGCCUUCUUCCCUACAUGCUGUGCCUCAGCAGACAGUGGGCUGCUGGUGGGACGGUGGGUUCCAGAACAAAGCAGUGCAGUGGUCCUGGCCGUAGUGCACUUUCCCUUUAUCCCCAUCCAGGUUAAGCAGCUCCUGGCCCAGGUGCAGCGCACCAGCCAGGUGGAUGUGACUGUGCUGGGUACCUGGUGUCACCACCAGCAGGAGCCCGAGGAAGGCCUGGGCCACUUCCUGGAGGGCCUGAGUGCCAUCUUCACCCACGAGCCCUGGUUGCAGCUAUGUCGGGAGAAGGGCAGCAGGAUCUGGAGCUUCAAGGCUAUGCACUAUCAGGUGCCUGCCGUGCCAGGCACCCCCAGUGAGGACCAUGUCAUGCUCAUUUUCUACGACCAGCGAAAGGUUCUGCUGUCCUGGCUGCAUCCCCCUGCGGUCCUGCCUGAUCCCCAGGCUGGAGAUGCCACAGUCGGUGCUGGGGGUCUGGCUGCCAUCUUUGACACCGUGGCACAAAGCGAGGUGCUCUUCUGUGGCGACCAGUACGAUGAAGGCCCCGUGCGGCUGAGCCAUUGGCAGUCUGAGGGCAUGGAAGCCAGCAUCCUUGUGGAGUUGGCAAAGUGGGCCUCAGGGCCUGUCUGUCUACUGCUGGCCUCUCUGCUGUCACUGGUUUCUGCUGCCAGUGCUUGCCGGUUAUGGAGACUGUGGCCCCUGCCCUUCAUUGGGAGCAAGCUGUCUACCUGCGAGCAGGUCCGGCACAGACUGGAGCAGCUCACACUUGUGUUCAGCACUGAGAAGGCCCAGAGCCCUGCCCAGUUGAUGAGGAAGGCCAACACAUUAGUCUCAGUGCUCCUAGAUGUGGUCCUUGGCCUCCUGUUGCUCUCUUGGCUCCACGGCAACAACCGCAUCGGGCAGCUGGCUGAAGCCCUCGUGCCUGUGGCUGAUCAUGUAGCUGAGGAGCUCCAGCAUCUACUGCAGUGGCUGAUGGGUGCUCCUGCUGGGCUCAAGAUGAACCGGGCCCUGGACCAGGUGCUAGGCCGCUUCUUCCUGUACCACAUCCACCUGUGGAUCAGCUACAUCCACCUCAUGUCCCCCUUCAUUGAGCGCAUCCUGUGGCAUGUGGGUCUCUCCGCCUGCCUGGGACUGACAGUCGCCCUGUCCAUCCUAUCAGACAUCAUUGCCCUUCUCACCUUCCACAUCUACUGCUUCUACGUCUAUGGUGCCAGGCUGUACUGCUUAAAGAUCUAUGGCCUGUCCUCUCUUUGGCGCUUGUUCCGGGGAAAGAAGUGGAAUGUUCUGCGCCAGCGGGUGGAUUCUUGCUCCUAUGACCUGGACCAGCUCUUCAUUGGGACCUUGCUUUUCACCAUCCUGGUCUUCUUGCUGCCCACCACCGCCCUGUACUACCUGGUAUUCACCCUGCUCAGGCUCCUGGUAGUCACUGUACAGGGCCUGAUUCACCUGCUCGUGGACCUCAUCAACUCGCUGCCUUUGUACUCUCUCGGCCUUCGGCUUUGCCGGCCCUACCGGCUGGCAGCUGGAGUGAAGUUCCAAGUCCUGGAGCAGGAGGCGGGCAGGCCUCUCCGUCUCCUGAUGCAGAUAAACCCCUUGCCCUACAGCCGUGUGGUGCACACCUACCGCCUGCCCAGUUGUGGCUGCCAUCCCAAGCACUCUUGGGGCUCUCUGUGCCGCAAGCUGUUCUUUGGAGAGCUUAUCUACCCCUGGAGGCAGAGAGGAGAAAAGCAGGACUGAGUGGCCCAACCACAACUCACAAGGCACAGUGCACAGCUGUCAUCUCUUUCUGCCCAUGGCACCUAUCUUGGGGAUAGUGCAGGACCCACACAGGGGCCAACCAGAAACUCCUUGUUCUCUGGAGUAUGAGUGGGCCCUUUUCUUGAAUCCCUACUCUGGCUCCUGGGGCUUGUCUGAAGGCCCUGACAGCCUGUACUCUAACCCUCUAAUACCACCUGCCUGGUGACCUGCUUUCUGGUCUGUGGCCACAUUUAGCCUGAUGCCCUGCAGCCUCCAGACCUGGCAAGAAGUGUCUAGACCCUGUGGGGUGUGCUGGCUGGUCUCACUGGCUACUCCCAUGGCCCCACUGUCACUGGUCAGGUGAGGCUGAGAAUGCAUGCCUUGGCUCUGAGGCCUUCCAGAUGCCUUGGUGGAAUACCGCCAUCUGAGGAAUUGAAGCAGUUGCUGACCCCAACCCUGGUAGACCAGACCCUCAUAUCCUGAACCUUGCUGGGCCUGUUGGUGCUCGCCUGAGUUUGCUUUGUGAAGAGCUGCUGAUAGACUAUUGGUUAUCUUUUUGCUUGAAGCCAGGCCUUGUGAGGUAGCCCAGACUACCUAUUUGGGAAAUGGAUGCCUGCCCACCUGGCUGGCCCAUUCCUGCCCUGUCCCCCAGGGACAGCUCCUUUGGCAAGAUCUUCCAUCUCCUGUCACUGGCUCUUUGUGGAAGAAGACAUGUGCUUCUGCAGCCCAAAGUGUUAGUGGCCCUGGAGAGGUAAUCAUGGCUGGGGCGCCCAGCUGGUCACCGGAUCCCAUGUGAGGAGAGAAACCUGAGGGUGCCAAAUGGUGUGGAAGUGUCUGCUAUAGGCAGAGAAAAGCAAUGAGUCCUGUUCAUCAUCCAGGGGUACUCAGGACUGUUUACUUCCCAUACUCCUUUGCCACAGACUUCAGCAACCCUAAGCUCCUAGGAGACAGCAUUGAUGGGGAUGGGUCCUGAUCCUGACUUUUGCCCUGGUGACAAUAAAACCUGCUAUGAGCUUGGAGCACCA